AACACACUCAACUCUCCCCAUUCAGUGUUACAACGCCUUAUUAUUGAAUAAGCCUACAUCACCUUUCAGCCAACUAUAUCAGCCAAGGGUUUCAUUAUUGCAGCAACAAUAUCAGUGUUUCCAAUAAGUUGGUAAGAUCCACUAAUAAUACUGGGUGGUGCUGAAUAACCAAUAGAGAAAUGCAUUGUGUUGUGUUGUGUUCUGUUGUGUUGUGUUUGUAGACGCCCAGGUCCUGCCCCCAGUGCAGGUGUUUGAUAAGACAAUGGUGGUGAAACAGAUACAUGUUGUAGAGCCUCAGGACCUCCUCAUCACCAGGGCUGACAAAGGUGGGUACUAUCCUUAAUUAGACCUAGCAGCUUUCCUCCAUACUGUCUUUCACUUCAUUAAUACUGCUUCUUUCGCUCCAUUCCUCCAUUCCCAUAAAGUGCAUUCGGAAAGUAUGCAGACCCCUUGACUUUUUCCACGUUUUGUUACUUUACAGCCUUAUUCUAAAAUUGCUUGAAUAGUUUUUUCCCCUCAUCAAUCUACACAGAAUACCCCAUAAUGACAAAGCAAAAACAGGUUUUUAGAAAUGUUUGCAAAUUUAUAAAAAAUACAAAACUGAAAUAUCACAUUUACAUAAGUAUUCAGACCUUUUACUCAGUACUUUGUUGAAACACCUUUGGCAGCAAUUACAGCCUCAAAGUCUUCUCGGAUAUGACGCUACAAGCUUGGCACACCUGUAUUUGGGGAGUUUCUCCCAUUCUUCUCUGCAGAUCCUCUCAAGCUCUGUCAGGUUGGAUGGGGAGCGUCGCUGCUCAGCUAUUUUCAGGUCUCUCCAGAGAUGUUUGAUCGGGUUCAAGUCCGGUCUCUGGCAGGGCCACUCAAGGACAUUCAGAGACUUGUCCUGAAGCCAGUCCUGCGUUGUCUUGGCUGUUUGCUUAGGGUCGUUGUCCUGUUGGAAGGUGAACCUUCGCCCCAGUCUAAGGUCCUGAGCGCUCUGGAGCAGGUUUCCAUCAAGGACCUCUCUGUACUUUGCGCCGUUCAUCUUUCCCUCGAUCCUGACUAGUCUCCCAGUCCCUGAUGCUGAAAAACCUCCCCACAGCAUGAUGCUGCCACCACCAUGCUUCACCGUAGGGAUGGUGCCAGGUUUCCGCCAGACGUGACGCUUGGCAUUCAGGCCAAGGAGUUCAAUUUUGGUUUAAUCAGACCAGAGAAUCUUGUUUCUCAUGGUCUGAGAGUCCUUUAGGUGCCUUUUGGCAAACUCCAAGCGGGAUGUCAUGUGCCUUUUACUGAGGAGUUGCUUCCAUCUGGCCACUCUACCAUAAAGGCCUGAUUUGGUGGAGUGCUUCAGAGAUGGUUGUCCUUCUGGAAGGUUCUCCCAUUUCCACAGAGGAACUCUAGAGCUCUCAGAGUGACCAUUGGGUUCUUGGUCACCUCCCUGACCAAGGCCCUUCUCCCCCAGUUGCUCAGUUUGGCCAGGCAGCCAGCUCUAGGAAGAGUCUUGGUGUUUCCAAACUUCUUCCAUUUAAGAAUGAUGGAGGCCACUGUGUUCUUGGGGACCUUCAAUGCUGCAGACAUUUUUUGGUACCCUUCCCCAGAUCUGUGCCUCAACACAAUCCUGUCUCGGAGCUCUACAGACAAUUCCUUCGACCUCAUGGGUUGGUUUUUGCUCUGACAUGCACUGUCAACUGUGGGACCUUAUUUAGACAGGUGUGUGCCUUUCCAAUUAAUGUCCAAUCAAUUGAAUUUACCACAGGUGAACUCCAAUCAAGUUGUAGACACAUCUCAAGGAUGAUCAAUGGAAACAGGAUGCACCUGAACUCAAUUUCGAGUCUCAUAGCAAACGGUCUGAAUACUUAUGUAAAUGCAAACAUUUCUUAAGACCUGUUUUCGCUUUGUAAUUACGGGAUAUUGUGUGUAGAAUGAUGAAGAAAAUGUUUUAUUUAAUCAAUUUUAGAAUAAGGCUGUAACGUAACAAAAUGUGGAAAAAUCAAGGGGUCUGAAUACUUUCCGAAUGCACUGUAUAUUUCUCUCCCUUUGUAUUUUCAUCUGCUUCCUCCUCUUUCUCUCCCUCACCUUCUCUAUCUCUUUUUCUAUUUCCCUCCUUCCACUCCUACCCACCUUUCUCGACAUCCCUCCCCCUCUCUCUCCCUCUCUUUCUCACUCUCUCUCCCUCUCUCUCUCCCUCUCUCUCUCCCUCUCUUUCUCCCUACCUCAAUCCCUCUCUCUCCUUGUGUAUUUUAGGUUGUUUACUUGUCUCUCAGUCGCUCUAUCGAACACAUUGAUCUCCCUCUGUGGUCUGAGGAGGCUGACCUAUACACAUCCACCCCCUAUAGACUGCUGUGUGUGUGUCCGUCCUGCAGGACCAGGUUCUGGGUUGACCUAUUGAGAUGCACUUCCCACUGGUAUUAGAGAGGGAGAGAGAAAAAAGAGAAAGAGAGAGAGAGAGGGACAAAUAUGAAGGAAGUGAAAGAGAGAAACAGACGGAUACACACAGAGACAGACAUACAGACAUAACAGAAGAAAUGUCCAUGCCAAUGCAGCUUGUUUGAAUUUAAAUUAAACUUUUGCAAGGAUUUCCAUUCCAGAUGAGUUCUAUCAUACAGUUGUUUUAUAGUACCAAUCACACAUGCCAAUCUUGUAUGCCAGUCUUGUAUUUCCAUACAUUGUAAUUCAUGCACCAUAAUAAUGACAGACAGAACUCACUAAAUUGUGACAGAGCAUCUCUUUAAAUUAGCUGCUACCAGUGUUAGGAUUACAUAGAUAUUUAAUUAAGCCUAUUUUAAUCUCACACAACAUGUUGUGGAAAUAGUUCAGAAAUUGCAUUCUGUUAAAGGCCCAGUGCAGUCAAAAACCCCUUGAUUUUCCUGUGUUUUAUAUUAUAUCAGUGCUAUUUCCUGAUAGUUACUGGUUGAAAAUACGAUUUACACAGGACCCUCUGAUCAGCAGGUUUGCAUGGGCGGGAGAUUCGGCAUUCCAUGGUGUCAUCACCAUGCAGUAAAUUGGUUAAUAGACCAAUAACAAAGAGAGUUCCAAACCUCUCUGCCAAUAACAUCUAGUUUUCAGUUUCCCCCUCCCUAUUCAGAACACUCCCAGACAGUCUUAGCAAAAGUCUUGCUUGAUAAAUAGUUUUUUGCUAAAAAGCAAUUUUUGCCAUUUUUAUUGGAAAUCUAUUACAGUAAGGUACUUAAUUGUUACCCAGAAAUAAUUUGAUAUUGAUAUAAAAACGGCUGUAUUGGGCCUUUAAUAUGCUACAUGUGUCAGAAUAAUAAUAAUAAUAAUAAGCCAUUUAGCAGACGCUUUUAUCCAAAGCGACUUACAGUCAUGCGUGCAUACAUUUUUGUGUAUGAACACGGGUGGUUCAUGGGUGGAUACAGACUACAGUGGAAGAAACAUGUAAAACAGAAUAACAUUUAUUUAAAUGUUAUUAAAGAUUCAAUCUGGAAUAUUUGCAUAUUAUAUCAUGUUGAUUUCAUGGACUGUCAGGCCACAGCUGUGUUUAUUAAUUUGACGCUGGUUACAUUUCUCAAUCCCUGUCCCUCGUCUUAAAUCUCAGGGCUACCUUUGGGCUGAAACACAAAUCCCAGAUUAGCUUUAAUGAGGAUGUUUUGUUGUGUUGUUUUCCAGGGAAGGAUGCGCGUCUCUAUGUGUUCAGACUGAGCAUGCUCAAGAGAGGCCUGGAGGAGAGGCAGCUGGUCCGCACCAAGUGUGACAGUCGAGAGAACAAACUGGAGAAGACCAAAGGUACACACACACACACAGACACACACAGACACACACACACACAAAGACACACACACACACAGACACACACAUAGACACACACACAGACACACACACACACACACACACACACACACACACACACACACACACACACACACAGACACACACACACAGACACACACACACAGACACACACACACACAGACACACACACACACAGACACACACCUUACCUGGUCCAAUCAGUGUGCCCCCGCUGCAAAUACCGCUGACAGAUCUUUUAACAAAUAAUGAUGUUAAAACGUGGGCUUAAAAUGUUUAGUAAUUAAUUUUAAAUCAGAAAAAUUUAAACACAGGACAAAUUUGUGCAUCACGCCUCUGCACACACACACACACAUACACAUGCAUGCAUACUCACGAACAUGCACGCAUGCACACACACAUAAAUGCAUAAUAUAUAAAACAUGUAUGUUUAUAUAUGUAUGCUUAAUACACACUCACACACUCAGAGCAGUCCCAUUCCCAGGCAGCUCAGUGAGGUGUAGUAGAGGAGAGCAUUCGGCCCCGGGCCACAGCCACAGCAUUGAUCUAUCUGUAGGGAAGUCCCUGGGGAGAGGACCUACCUCUGUUACAACACACCCCCUACACUGUCUGUAUGGCCUCCCCAAUACAACCUCCACUACAUUUGUGUGUGUGUAUCGGGUGGGGUGGUGUGUGUGUGUGAUAGAAAAGGAGAAGGAGGAAUAGAACCUGCAGCAUUUAUAGACUGUAUGUAAGGACCAAAGCCAAUAGGCCACUCAGGGAGGAGACGUCCACAUCAUCGGCGCCCGGGGAGCAGUUGCUGUUGGGGGUUAACUACCUUGGAUUGUAUAGCAGAGGGAUUUGUAUUUGUAUUUAUUGUGGAUUCCCCUUAGCUGCUGCCUUUUAUACAUUUUUUAAAACAUUACAAAACAUUCAUAACCGAUUUCACAGCACACUAAGUGUGUGCCCUCAGUCCCCUACUCCACUACCACAUAUCUACAACACAAAAUCCAUGUGUAGGUUUGUGUAUUGAGCGUAUGUUAUCAUGUGUGUGUAUGCAUGUGUCUGUGCCUAUGUUUGUGUUGCUUCACAGUCCCCGCUGUUCCAUAAGGUGUAUUUGUAUCUGUUUUUUAAAUCUGAUUCUACUGCUUGCAUCAGUUACCUGAUGUGGAAUAGAGUUCCAGGUAGUCAUGGCUUUAUGUAGUACUGUACGCCUCCCAUAGUCUGUUCUGGACAUAGGGACUGUGAAGAGACCUCUAGUGGCCUGUCUUGUGGGGUAUGCAUGGAUGUCUGAGCUGUGUGCCAGUCGUUCAAACAGACAGCUCGGUGCUUUCAACAUGUCAACACCUCUCACAAACACAAGCAGUGAUGAAGUCAAUCUCUCCUCCACUUUGAGCCAGGAGAGAUUGACAUGCAUAUUAUUAAUGUUUGCUCUCUGUGUACAUCCAAGGGCCGUGCUGCCCUGUUUUGAGCCAAUUGCAAUUUUCCUAUGUCCCUCUUUGUGGCACCUGACCACACGACUGAGCAGUAGUCCAGGUGCGAUAAAACUAGGGCCUGUAGGACCUGCCUUGUUGAUAGUGCUGUUAAGAAGGCAGCGCUUUAUUAUGGACAGACUUCUCCCCAUCUUAGCUACUGUUGUAUCAAUAUGUUUUGACCAUGACAGUUUACAAUCCAGGGUUACUCCAAGCAGUUUAGUCACCUCAACUUGCUCAAUCUCCACGUUAUUUAUUACAAGAUUUAAUUGAGGUUUGGAGUUUAGUGAGUGAUUUCUUCCAAAUAUAAUGCUUUUAGUUUUUGAAAUAUUUAGAACUAACUUAUUCCUUGCCACGCACUCUGAAACUAACUGCAACUCUUUGUUAAGUGUUGCAGUCAUUUCAGUCGCUGUAGUAGCUGACAUGUAUUUUUACAUUUUAGUCAUUUAGCAGACGCUCUUAUCCAGAGCGACAUACAGUUAGUGAGUGCAUACAUUUUCAUACUGGCCCCCCGUGGGAAACGAACCCACAACCCUGGCGUUGCAAGCGCCAUGCUCUACCAACUGAGCUACAGGGGACAGUGUUGAGUCAUCCGUAUACAUAGACACUCUGGCUUUACUCAUGCCAGUGGCAUGUCAUUAGUAAAGAUUGAAAAAAGUAAUGGGCCUAGACAGCUGCCCUGGGGAAAUCCUGAUUAUACCUGGAUUAUGUUGGAGAGGCUUCCAUUAAAGAACACCCUCUGUGUUCUGUUAGACAGGUAACUCUGUAUCCACAAUAUAGCAGGUGGAGUAAAGCCAUAACACUUACGUUUUUCCAGCAGCAGACUACGAAGUCUAACAAAACAGCCCCCAUAAUCUUUUUAUCAUACAUUUCUCUCAGCCAAUCAUCAGUCAAUUGUGUACGUGCUGUGCUUGAGUGAAUGUCGUUCUCUAUUAGCAUGCUGAAAGUUUGUUGUCAAUUUGUUUACUGUAAAAUAGCAUUGUAUCUGGUCAAACACAAUUUUUUCCAAUAGUUUACUAAGGCUUGGUAACAGGCUAAUUGGUCGGCUAUUUGAGCCAGUAAAGGGGGCUUUACUAUUCUUAGGUAGCGGAAUGACUUUUGCUUACCUCCAAACCUGGGGGCACACACUUUCUAGUAGGCUUAAAUUGAAAAUAUGGAAAACAGGAGAGGCAAUAUCGUCCGAUAUUAUCCUCAGUAAUUUUCCAUCCAAGUUGUCAGAGACCGGUGUCUUGUCAUUGUUGAUAGACAACAAUCAUUUUUUCACCUCUUCCACACUCACUUUACGGAAUUCAAAAUUACAACGUUCGUCUUUCAUGAUUUGGUCAGAUAUACUUGGAUGUGUAGUGUCAGCAAUUGUUGAUGGCAUGUCAUGCCUAAGUUUGCUAAUCUUGCCAAUGAAAAAAUAAUUAAAGUAGUUGGCAAUAUCAGUUGGUUUUGUGAUGAAUGAGCCAUCUGAUUCAAUGAAUGAUGGAGCUGAGUUUGCCUUUUUUCCCAAAAUGUAAUUUAAGGUGCUCCAAAGCUUUUUACUAUCAUUCUUUAUGUCAUUUAUCUUUGUUUCAUAGAGUAGUUUCUUCUUCUUUUAUUCAGUUUAAUCACAUGAUUUCUCAAUUUGCAAUACGUUUGCCAAUCAGUUGUGCAGCCAGACUAUGUCAAGGCUGAGGUGUAUGUGGUGUGGGAGUCAGGCGCAGGACACCGAAGCUUAGUCCAACAAAGUUUACUUGUGAAACCACAAGGCAAAGAUACAAUGAUCGGCCUCAAAACAAAACAGAGGCGAGCAAUUACGCAACUAUGCGUAAAACAAUAAAACAACAAAACAGAGACAAACACGCAGCACUACGGACAGGCGAAAAACAACACACAACCUAACCAAUACAAAACAGGCAACUUAUAGAACACGUAAUCAAACACAAACGGACACAGGUGUAAUAGACAGACAAAAGCAAUCAAACAUAGAAACAUUCAACGGUGGCAGCUAGUACUCCGGGGACGACGAACGCCGAAGCCUGCCCGAACUAGGAGGAGGAGCAGCCUCGGCAGAAUCCGUGACAGACUAAUUUGCCAUUCCUUUUGCCUCAUCCCUCUCAACCAUACAAUUCUUCAAUUCCUCAUCAGUCCACGGGGAUUUAACAGUUUUUACAGUCAUUUUCUUAUUAGUAACUGGAAUAAGCAAUUUCAUAAAUGUGUCUGUUUGCUCCUCAUUACACACCACAGACCAACAUAUAUUAUUUACAUCAACAACAUAGGAAUCACUACAAAACUUGUUCUAUGACCUCUUAUACACAAUAUUAGGCCCAGCCUUUGGAACUUUGGUUUUCCUAGAUAUGGCUACUAUAUUGUGAUCACUACAUCCAAUGGAUUUGGAUACUGCUUUCAAACAAAUCUCUGCAGCAUUAGUAAAGAUAUGAUCAAUACAUGUUGAUGAUUUAUACGCCUGUACUGUUUGUAACUACCCUGGUAGGUAGACUGAUAACCUGAACCAGGUUGCAGGCACUGGUUACAGUUUGAAGCUUUCUCUUGAGUGGGCAGCCUGAUGAAAGCCAGUCAAUCACUGGGGCAAAGCUCCCUGCCAUCCAGGACCUCUAUACCAGGCGGUGUCAGAGGAAGGCCCUCAAAAUUGUCAAAGACUCCAGUCACCCUAGUCAUAGACUGUUCUCUCUGCUACCGCACGGCAAGCGGUACCGGAGUGCCAAGUCUAGGUCCAAAAGACUUCUCAACAGCUUCUACCCCCAAGCCAUAAGACUCCUGAACAGCUAAUCAUGGCUACCCGGACUAUUUGCACUGCCCCCCCACCCCAUCCUUUUUACGCUGCUGCUACUCUGUUAAGUAUUUAUGCAUAGUCACUUUAACUCUACCCACAUGUACAUAUUACCUCAACUACCUCAACUAGCCGGUGCCCCCGCACAUUGACUAUGCAACGGUACCCCCCUGUAUAUAUAGCCUCCCUACUGUCACUUUAUUUUAUUGUAUAUAUAGCCUCCCUACUGUCACUUUAUUUUACUUCUGCUCUUUUUUUCUCAACACUUUUUUGUUGUUGUUUUUAUUCUUACUUUUUUGUUUAAAAUAAAUGCACUGUUGGUUAAGGGCUGUAAGUAAGCAUUUCACUGUAAUGUCUGCACCUGUUGUAUUCGGCGCAUGUGACCAAUAAAAUUUGAUUUGAUUUGAUUUGAAAUCACCCAGAAAGUAUACCUCUCUACUGAUAUCACAUACAUUAUCAAGCAUUUCACACAUGUUUUCCAGAUACUAACUGUUAGCACUCAGUGGUCUAUAGCAGCUUCCCACCAGAAUGGGCUUUAGGUGAGGUAGAUGAACCUGUAGCCAUAUUACUUCAACAGUAUUUAACAUGAGAUCCUCUCUAAUCUUCACAGGAAUGUGGUUCUGAAUAUAAACAGCAACACCUCCACCAUUGGCAUUUCUAUAUUUUCUGUAAAUGUUAUAACCUUGUAUUGCUAACACUGUAUCAUCAAAUGUAUUAUCUAAGUGAGUUUCAGAGUCAGAAUAUGAAUGGCAUCUGUUACUAGCAAAUUAUUGAUUUCAUGAACCUUGUUUCUUAAGCUACAUAUGUUAACGUGGGCUAUUUUGAGCACUUUUCUUCUGGGAUGAUUACUUGUUUUUAUUGCUUUACUGGGAAGCUUAGCAGCAGUAGAUGUGCUCAUGUUCUUUAUGUUAGUGCAGGGUGAGCUGCACACAGUGGACUUCCUCCUCGGGCACACCGGCUCAGUGCUAACAGUAUAAAUCUGGUUCCUAGGCACAUGAUUACUGCAUACAAUAGCUGUAGGAUCAGCAGAGGCAUUCAGGGCAGUUAUAGGGACAUAAAUUAGGUUACUUUAAUUGUGUCUACCGAUGCCCCUGGUGUGAUGUACAUUUGCUGAAGCAUUUAGACAACUCUGCGUCACAAUGGUAGGGAUUAGCUGGGUUUGGGAUGGAUAGCAGCAGCACUCAAAGAGGAAUGUACUCAGAGUAAUAAUUCCAUACUGUAGCUAACCACUCAAACAUAUUCCUCCCCUCUUCACACACACCUUUAUCCUCUCUCUCCUUCCCUCUCCCAGGGUGUCACCUGUACUCCAUCAACACUCACCAUGGGUCAGAGUUGAGGAUUGUGGCGGCCAUCAGGAAUAAGCUCCUCCUCAUCACCAGGAAACAGCCCCGCCUUGACACCCUCACUGCUGCAACCGACUCACCCGUGGACCAGUUCCAGUACAUACGGGUGAACACACACACACACACAUACACACACACACACACACGCACCUGUGUGAGGCCCAUCCUCCUGACCUGCCCCCCCCCUCCCCCCAGGAGAUCUGUCUGUGUGAUCCUCCAGUAGUCAUGGCCCUGGUGGACGGUCCUACAGGGGAGAAUGACAACAUGAUCUGUGUGGCCUACAAACACCAGUUUGACCUGAUCAACGAGAGCACCGGGGACGCAUACCGGCUACACCAUGUAGACGCCAAUCGGGUGAGACCUCCUACCAACAUGAUUUAUGUUGUUAUUUACCUUCAGUUUACCUUCCACUUACCUGGUUGGUUGACUGAGAAGAGAGCUCAACAAUGAAGGGGAAGAGUUACAGUUUAGAGGAGAACAGUUACAGAUGGACCAAUGAAUGAUAAUUGAAUAGAAUGAAUUCAAUACAGUGUUCUUCUCUGCCGUGUGCACACAGGUCAACUUUGUGGCAGCCAUCGACGUGUACGAGGAUGGGGAGGCUGGUCUUUUGUUGUGUUACAAUUGUGAGUCUCCAUUUAUCUGGGGUGUUUCUACACUCUUAGAAAAUAAUGGUACGGUGUUGUUAGUUGGGUUACAACAAUUUUUAUCAAAAUACACAUAAUGUACCUUCAUAGGUACACAUAAUGAUGUCACAUGGUACUGUUCGGUACCUUUUAGGGUACAUGUGCGGAUAAAGAGUAUAAUGGUACAUUUUUGUACCCCAUAUUUUUUUUUAAGCUGCAAUUACACAAAAAAAAGGGGUACAAUGUGAAGGUAAAUUUCUGUUUCUCAGGGUACAAACGUAUUUUGUGUACCCUCAAUACCCUUAAUACCCACCAUAAGGUACAAUGAUGAAUUUCUGCCACCUAAAAGGAACUACUGGCUUUGUCACUGGGGUGUUACACUAAAAAGGCACAUUUGUAUUUCUCAGCAUGCUCUACUUCAGGUUGAUUUUUUGAGAAUUGCUUUUAAUAUCUGUUUUUGCAUGUACUUGAUGGAUUGAUUAAUAUUAUGCUACACAAAGGUAAAUAACAUACAUUUUUCUAAACUAAUCCAAUCAGUUAGUUAGAUGUAUUGCACCCAUUACUGAAAUGGUUGUUCUAGUUUAAAUGGCUUAGGUAGUCUCCUCACAAUAUUCCUAACCCUGACAGUAAUUAUGAAUGCAAGUUGCGGGUGAAUAAAAAUACCAAUUGUUGGAUAUCGUAACACUUGCUGGAUUCCAAUAUGAAUUACAAAUCACUUAGCAAGGUACCAAAUUUCCCAGGUUGGGAAUAAGCAAGAAAUCCUUCAACCAGAAUGUUUUUGGAAAUCUGGGAAUUUGGGGAAAGUUAACAGAAUUUUGCAAGCCUACUUGCAGGCUGUAUUAGGGUAAAACUAUGCCUCAAAAUAAGGCCUUAUGAGAUAUUAAAUGUAUUGUCAUAAAGAGUUUAAUUAUAAUAAUAACAUAUUCCCAGGAAUUCAGUUGGUGAAGGCCACAGGACUGAAAAGGAACUAACAAAUACAGUCAUGGUUGGUAACUCUACAAUUCAAAAGGCAAGGCACACUGGGAAAUGAUAUUGGAGGCAUGGCUUAGUGGGGGCGUGGCAUUCAUUAGUUAUUUUUGGCCACCCAUGAGUGGAAGUGUUGUACCAGUUUAAGUGGUCUAUCAGAAGUACAUGUCAACCACUUACAGGGGCUUUGUCACUGUGGUGUUAUGAUAUAAAGACAAAAAGUAUGCUUUUGUACCUUUGAUAAAGGUACUCCCUGAAGUAUGAAUUGAGGUACAAUUAUGCACCUAUAACUAAAAGUACAAAGGAGGACCUUACAGGGUACCACCCCAGUGACAAGCGGUUGUACCCCUUUAGGAACAAGUCUAAACCUUUAAUUCUGAGGGUGUAGUAACGUUUUAAUAUAUAUUAUCCAUUGUCCUCAACACCCAAAUAUCUGUUCCUAUAAAUACGAGGUUAACGACUGUGUUUCUAUAUUUAGACUUAUGUUUCUAAACUCGUCUUUCUGUGCAGAUACUUGUUCCUAUAAUUACUUAACAAUUACAUGGUAUAAAGACAUAUCUGGGCACUAAUAUAUACAUUCUAAUACUGUUUAUCUCAUAUGUUCCCCAGAUAUCUGUUCCUAUAAGAAAGUGUGUCUGUUCAAUGGCUCCACCCCCAUGAUCCAGUCUAACGCCUCUGACUUACACUUCAGCUGGAACCAGAUGCCCAACGCCAUCGGUGAGUAGCACUGGUAACCAUAGCAACCAGCGGCCCCACCCCUCGCCACCCCUCCCAAAGCCCCGCUCCCUCCCUUGGUCAGCCCAGCCUCCGGGCCCGGCCUGAGCGCUGUCGCCAUGGUAACACGCAGCGGGUGGCCACCCAGGCUAGGUCGUCAAGUGUGUUUGUCUGUGUCUCUGUGUGUGUGUUUGUCUGUGUCUCUGUGUGUGUGUGUUUGUCUGUCUCUGUGUGUGUGUUUGUCUGUGUCUCUGUGUGUGUUUGUCUGUGUCUCUGUGUGUGUGUUUGACUGUGUCUCUGUGUCUGUGUUUGUCUGUAUCUGUGUGUGUGUUUGUCUGUGUCUCUGUGUCUGUGUUUGUCUGUGUCUGUGUGUGUGUUUGUCUGUGUCUCUGUGUGUGUGUUUGUCUGUGUCUCUGUGUGUGUGUUUGUCUGUGUCUCUGUGUCUGUGUUUGUCUGUGUCUGUGUGUGUGUUUGUCUGUGUCUCUGUGUGUGUGUUUGUCUGUGUCUCUGUGUGUGUUUGUCUGUGUCUGUGUGUGUGUUUGUCUGUGUCUCUGUGUGUGUGUUUGUCUGUGUCUCUUGUGUGUGUGUUUGUUUCUGAUGAUGAAAGCAGAGAAUGGCUGGCUAAAGAGAUUUAAAUUAUUGUGACACAAGCUACAGUUUAUCUUAUGUGAGUAUGGGUAUGUUUGUACUGUCAUGCUGCUUUGACAAACCAAUUUUCCCCUUAGGAUUCAUUUAUUAGGACAUUACCUAACAUCUAUCAUCUAUCCAAAUGAUCUAUCCAAAUCUAUCAGCUCCGCCAGGUGUUGUUCUUCAGAAUGUUGUUGUUAUUAUUGUUGUUGUUUUACAGUAUGUGCGUUCCCCUACAUCUUGGCCUUUACUACUGACUCCAUUGAGAUCCGGCUGGUUGUCAACGGUAACCUGGUCUACACAGCUGUCGUACCAGAGCUCCAGCUGACUGCCUCCAGGGUGAGUUUGACUGACAGGUGGAAGUGUCCAAUCAUGAUGGUAAUGAAUCUGAGUUAUAAAGCGCUCUUCCUACACAACACAAAAGAGAAAGAGGGAGCGAAAGUGUGUGUGUGCGUGCGCUUUUGAGCAUGUGUGUGUGUGUAUUUUUAGAAGCAACAUUCUCAGCAAUCUUAUUUCAAUCAAUCUUUAUUAUCCCGGAGGGAAAUUUGUUUUGCAAACAGGGACCACACAGAAACACUAUCAAACACACAACUCAUACACAACAGAAGGAUACAUGCAGACUGUACCAUUUAACAUACGAAACACUACGUCAUCAUGUUGUUGUAGCAGGUGUUGGAUUCUAGCUUGAAAUAUACUUAUUCAUGUUACCAAAAUAUAACUUAUUGAUUACUUUAUAUGUAUAAGGAAUGUAUAUGUUGGGGUCAAUGAAGGGUGAUAGGAACUUGGAGUAUGGAAAGUUACUGAGUGAGACAAAGGGAAGUGCAGAAAGUUCAUAUUCUGUUCACAUGUUUCUAAGGAGGUAGGCGAAGGGUAAUAGCUCAUCUCUGAUAAGGCAGGCUGCGGAACUAGGGAGGAUCGAGAAAUUCGGCUCGAGGUCAAGUCAACAGAUGAAGUGAGAAGAAACCUCUGGGAGGGGGGCCAGAGGGGCCCACCCCAACGACCCUCCUACUAUAGUCCUAUGUCACACACAUACAUUUCCAUGCCCACGAAGGUUCUAGCAUCAGGCAGGGCCAUGACUACACCAGUAAGAGGAACCAAUUAAGUUCCUGUCUAGCAACAGAGAUGUAUUGGCUGUCUAGAUGUGUAAGGAGUUGACCACGCCUAGUAGGAGGUUAUAAAUAUAUGUGCUUGUGUAAUCAUGCUUUGUCUUUGCAUCUAUAUGACCCAGUGGGUGAAUACAUUUGGUUUGAGCUUUUCCUAGUUGUCCGUUUGAGUUUUUACUCUGUUUGUUCAGAACCUAAGACAGGUGAUGGCGUUAUUUCACUAAGCAACACCUCUCUCUCUCUUUCUCUCUCUUUAUUGCCCUCUUCAUCUUUUCCCGCGUUCUCUUUCACUCUCUCUCUCUCCAACUACCUCUAUUAAUCUUUCUUCUUCUCCACUUUUGUUCCUCCUCUCCAUUUAUUUCAAUCCCUUCAUCUCUCCCUGUCCCUCUCCCCCAUCCCCUCCUUCAGUCAGACAUCUACUUUGUGUCGUCCGCUCCGGUCAACUCUGCCUCCAACUGCAGCUCCCGGGACACCAGUUCCCAGAGUUCCCCACAGACGCCCACCGGCUACGAGAUGCCCGUGUUCCCAUCGCCGCUCGGAGACGGUAAGCCUCGCCUAGCAACCAAUCACAUUCUAGGAUGACAACACAAUUGGAAAUGCACACUUCAUCUGUGUCAUUUUGGGUAACCUCACUUCUAUUCCUGCGGGGACUGCAGUAGUUAGUGUGUGUGACAGACACUUCAUAUGCAUGCACACACUCACACUAACACUACAGAGUGCUGGUGUGUUACUCUGGACAGAGAGUUGGGCGUGGGACCUGAACUGGGCUUUAGAGGGGUAAGGGUGUAGUAUAUAGCAUGGGACCUGAACUGGGCUUUAGAGGGGUAAGGGUGUAGUAUAUAGCAUGGGACCUGAACUGGGCUUUAGAGGGGUAAGGGUGUAGUAUAUAGCAUGGGACCUGAACUGGGCUUUAGAGGGGUAAGGGUGUAGUAUAUAGCAUGGGACCUGAACUGGGCUUUAGAGGGGUAAGGGUGUAGUAUAUAGCAUGGGACCUGAACUGGGCUUUAGAGGGGUAAGGGUGUAGUAUAUAGCAUGGGACCUGAACUGGGCUUUAGAGGGGUAAGGGUGUAGUAUAUAGCAUGGGACCUGAACUGGGCUUUAGAGGGGUAAGGGUGUAGUAUAUAGCAUGGGACCUGAACUGGGCUUUAGAGAGGUAAGGGUGUAGUAUAUAGCAUGGGACCUGAACUGGGCUUUAGAGGGGUAAGGGUGUAGGGGCGGCAGGUAGCUUAGUGGUUAAGAGCGUUGUGCCAGUAACCGAAAGGUCGCUGGUUCUAAUCCCCGAGCCGACUAGGUGAAAAAUCUGUCGUUGUGCCCUUGAGCAAGGCACUUAACCCUAAUUGCUCCUGUAAGUCGCUCUGGAUAAGAGCGUCUGCUAAAUGACUAAAAUGUAAAUGUAAAUGUAAGGGUGUAGUAUAUAGCAUGGGACCUGAACUGGGCUUUAGAGGGGUAAGGGUGUAGUAUAUAGCAUGGGACCUGAACUGGGCUUUAGAGGGGUAAGGGUGUAGUAUAUAGCAUGGAACCUGAACUGGGCUUUAGAGGGUGAAGGGUGUAGUAUAUAGCAUGGGACCUGAACUGGGCUUUAGAGGGGUAAGGGUGUAGUAUAUAGCAUGGGACCUGAACUGGGCUUUAGAGGGUGAAGGGUGUAGUAUAUAGCAUGGGACCUGAACUGGGCUUUAGAGGGGUAAGGGUGUAGUACAGUAUAGAGGGCACUUUGAGGGGUUAAAGGGGAACUCCACUCAAAAACUAUCUUAUUUUUUUUCAUAGUCCAUUGUUGAUACAGUCCCAAAAUGUUUUGCAUGUCAGCAGUCAAGUUUUCAAGAUCUUGGACUUUCAAGACGCAAAGUGUCACUUGCCACAUCAUCAUGAUACCACAAGAUAGUUUUUGAGUGGAGUUCCCCUUUAAGAUUCAGCCAUCUUCUAUUGGGUCCUUCCUCUUUUAUUCUAUUGGUCAACUCUAGUCUUGGAACACUACUACAACCAAUCACAUCCCUGUAACGUUGAUCUUUCCUGCUUUGGGGGUGGUGGUGUUAAUACUACUGAAUGUGUGUGUUCUGUCAUACCAGAGUGUGUGUGUGUGUGUGUGUAUUACAUAACCUUGUUCUUGGUCCCUGGUUCAGAUUCUAUACGGAUCCCCUAUGGUACCAAGCUAUCCCUGUACAUGUCUAAGGAUGCCGAAGGUACUUCAAGGAGUCUCCCACUACUCCUCCGGUUUGUCCCAAAUGGCAUCCUUUUCCCUAUAUAGCCCUGGUCAGAAGUAGUGCACUAUAUAGGGAAUCAGGUGCCAUUUGGGCCACAGCCCUCCCUCUUCAGUGUUAACAUCUACCUGCACAUUCUGCCCUACUAACAUGCACGGGAAAAAACUCACCUUUAUUUUUUUUAUUUUUUGAAGCGGCAUGUUUGACUGAACGUCAGUUGAAUGUUAAGUGAACAUUAUGUGUCUUCGCCAUCCCCCUUCUCUCUGUCAGAGUGACUGGAAAAUGGAGAGAGUGAAAAACUAACAAGGAAAAAAGAAAUGGAGGAUAGAGAGGGGGAGGGAGGUAGAGAGAGAGGUAGAGAGAUGCGGAUUCAGAAAGGUAUGCGUGUGAGAAAGAUGGGAGAAUGUUUGAGAGAGAGAGAGAAGAGGGGGAAUGAAAGAGAGAAAGAGAGAGAGAGACAGAGGGGUGGAGAAGACACGUCUGCCGCAGCAUGAUUUACAGAUUGCACUGUCACCAUGGAAACUUUUGUCAAAGCCUCCUCUCCCAUUCAGAGUGGUGGUCUAAAUAGAGGUGCCACAAUCUGGGGGGAAGAAGGGAGUGAUGGAGGGAGGGGGGGGCUGACAAAAUUCCCAUCCUCUAACCAACUGCCUAUGCCUGCCGUUUCUGCUCUAUGGGUAGAGGUGCUUUUCAAUUGGUAGACAAUUGUCUCAGUUUGAGAUCAAAUUUGUUGACAUCAGUAACAUGUGAAUACAAGAUGAAGAGACUGAACCAUGUUUAAUCAUGAAAUCAUAUCCUAUUCUGAUUGGAGGAUUGGACAGUUACAAAACAUAACAAAUCAAAUAUUCAGUACUCUUAUGCAGCCUUUACUUUGUUAGAUUCUAGGUUAUUUACCCUGGAGCAGAAACGCAUGUGGAAUAUAUAGAUUCAAGCAAUUAUAGAUCCCAGAUGGUUGCAUGCUUCCUUUUGUUGGUAUUUCAUAUCUAUUUGGUUUAUUAUUAACAUUUCUGUCUGUCUGGUAUUGUUACGGGAGAGAGGGGUCGGUAACAGUGAGUCAGUUAACCUGUCAUAACAAAAGGAAUGACCCCCUCUCUCCUAUAAUGCUGUUUUCUUCACCUUUGACCCCGUGACAUUUCAGAACGGCGGUCUGUUUGGCGCAGUGCAGCCUUCCAUCGCAUCAGACAGUCACAUAGCUGUGUGUGUGUUAGUAUUGCCAUCCUGUCUUGAUCAAGUGGAACGCUGCAUUAGAAUAUGAGCAUUCACUGCCACCUAGUGGUUAGUCUUAACCAUUGCAAGCCAAUACACCAUGCAUCAUGUUCAUUAGGGAAAAACGUAACAAUUUUUUUGCAACGGAAAUCAAAAACAAGCAUUCUUAUUGGACAAGUUUGGGCUGACCCUCCCUGUUUAAGUCAUUUUUAUUUCCGUUGGGCGCCUAAAGAACACACCCCUGCUACAGCUACCACUGGAAUACAGCAGACUAGAGAGACUGGAAUACAGCAGACUAGAGAGAAUACAGCAGACUAUAGAGACUAGAAUACAGCAGACUAUAGAGACUGGAAUACAGCAGACUAGAGAGACUGGAAUACAGCAGACUAGAGAGACUGGAAUACAGCAGACUAUAGAGACUGAAAUACAACAGACUAGAGAGACUGGAAUACAGCAGACUAUAGAGACUGGAAUACAGCAGACUAGAGAGACUGGAAUACAGCAGACUAUAGAGACUGGAAUACAGCAGACUAGAGAGACUGGAAUACAGCAGGCUAGAGUACUAGAAUACAGCACACUAGAGAGACUGGAAAACAGCAGACUAGAGAGACUGGAAUACAGCAGACUAGAGAGACUGGAAUACAGCAGACUAUAGAGACUGGAAUACAGCAGACUAUAGAGACUGGAAUACAGCAGACUAUAGAGACUGGAAUACAGCAACAUAAGACUGGAAUCAGAUCUAAGAACGGGAAUACAGAGACUAAAUACAGCAGACUAUAGAAGGGAAUCGCAGUAAAAGGACUGGAAUAAGCAACUAGAGAAAACUGGAAUCAGCGACUAAAGACUGGAAUCCAGACUAUAAGGGGAAAUACAGCGACUAGAGAGACAAAUACAGCGCAAAUACAGCGACAGAAAUAAAUACGCAGACAAGAGACGGAAUACAGAACUAAGAGAUUUGGUUAACGGACUAGAGAGACGGAAUACGCAGACUAAGAGAUUUGGAAUCAGCAGACUAGGAGAUGGAAUCAGCAACUAUAGAGACUGGAAACAGCAGACUAGGAGACUGGAAUACAGAAACUUGAGACUAGAAACAAACAAGAGACGGAAAUCAGCAGACUAUAGAGACGGAAUCCCGCAGACUAUAAGACUGGAAUACACAGCUAUAAAACUGGAAUACGCAACAUAGGACUGGAAUACAGCGACAUAGGACUGGAAUAACGACUAAAUCAGCGACAAAGAGCUGGAAACAGCAACUAGAAAACCAGACAGAGAGAGGAAACAGCAAUAAGAAGGGAAAUACGCAGACUAAGAACGGGAAUCCCGCAGACAAGAGACGGGAAUACAGCAGAUGAGAGCUAAAAUACACGACUUAAGAGGAAAACAGCGCUAUAGAGACGGAAAACAGCAGACUAAGAACUGGAAUAAGCAGACUAGAGAGACUGGAAUAAAACUAGAGAGACGGAAAACAGACUAAGAACGGAAACAGAAACUAUAGAGACUGGAAUACAGCAAUUUGAGAGCGGGAAUAAAGCAUAAAAAGACGGGAAUACGCAGACUAUAGAGACUGGAAUACACAAAUAGAGAGCCGGAAUACCAGUUUUGAGAGCCGGAAAUACAGCAGACAAAAAGACUGGAACCCCAAGACUAAAAGGCGGAAAAUACAGCAACUAAGAGACGGAAUACAGCAAUUUGAGAGACUGGAAACAGCAAUAAGAAACUAAAUACAGCAACUAGAGAGACGGGAAUACACAAUUUAAGAGGGGAAAUACAGCAGACUUAGAGAGGGAAUCGCAGAUAUAAGGACGGAAUACAAACUAUAGAAGGGAAAUACGCAACUAUAGAGCUGGUACACAACUAAAUCAGCAACUUAGAGUCGGAAAGCAGCUAGAAUACAGCAGCUAGGAGACUGGAAUACGAAAUAGAAAACAAAAUCAGCAGAUAGAGAGACUGGAAUACACAAAAGAGAGACUGGAAUACAGCAACUAUAGAGACGGAAUCAGCAGACUAUUAAAACUAAAAAAGCAGACUGAGAGAUGGAAUACACAGACUAUAGAGAUGGAAUACAGCAGCUAUAGGACGGGAAUAAGCAAUUAAGUGGAAUCACAGACUAAGAGCUGGAAAAAACCCGCCUAGAGGACUGGAAACACAACAUAGAACUGGAAUAAGCAGACAUAAAACGGGAAUACGAAAACAAGAGACUGGAAUACAGCAGACUAAGAGGGAAUACGAAACUAUAAGACUGGAAACAGCAGACUAAGAGACGGGAAACAGCAGUGGGAAGACUGGAAUAGAACUAUAAACGGGAAUACAGAAACUAGAGAGCGGGAAUACAGCAGACUAGAAUACAGCAGAUUUAAGAGACUGGAAUCCGCAGACUAGAGAACGGAAACAGCAGCCCUUGAGCGGGGAAUACGGGAACAUAGGACUGGAAUACAGAAACUAGAAAAGACGGAAACAGCAACUAGAGAACUGGUCAGCAGACUAUGAGACUGGAAUACAGCAACAAAGGGGAACUAGAAACAGCAGACUAGAGAACUGGAAUACACCCCGGACUAUAGAGACUGGAAUACAGCAGACUAAAAGGACGGAAUACAGCAGCUAUAGAACUGGAUACAGCAACAUAGAGCCGGGAAAUACAGCAGACAGAAUAAGCAACUUAGAGAGGAAUACGCAGAUAGAAUACAGAACUAGAAAAAAAUGGAAUACACAGACUAAGAAGGGGAAUACGCAGACUAGAGAGAGGGGAAUACGAGACAAGAGACUGGAAAAACGCAGCUAGAGAACUGGAAUACGCAGUCUAAAACGGGGAAUACACAGACUAUAGGGGCGGAAUACAGCAGACUAUAAGACGGGAAAUCAAACUAAAGACGGGAAAUACACAACUAUGAGAGGGAAUACAGCAGACAAGGGGAAUGGAAACAGCCGCCUAGAGAGACGGGGAAUCAGCAGACUAUAGAGACUGGAAACAGCAGCUAUGAACUGGUACAGCAGCUAAGAGAGGGAAUACAGCAGCUAGAAACUGGAAACAGCAAAAAAGAACUGGAAAUACAGAGACUAAGAGAGGGGGAAUACGAGACAAAGGAGCUAAAAUACGCAGACUAUAGAGACUGGAAUCCCGCAGACUAGAGAACUGGAAAAACGCAGACUAAAUACAGCGACUAGGGGAACUGGAAUACAGCAACAAGGCUGGAAUACCAGACUAUAAACGGAAUCAGCAAUUAAGAGCUGGAAUAAAAGCAGAUAGAGAGCGGGAAUACAGCAGAUAGAGAGACUGGAAUACAGCAGACAAAGGGGAACUGGAAUAGCAGACAAAAAACAGACUAGAGAGAUAAUACAAAAACAAAAAAUGGAAUACGCGACUAUAGAAGGGAAAUAAGCAGACUAGAGAGAUGGAAUCAGCAAACAAAGAGAUGGAAUACAGCAGACUAUAGAGACGGAAAUACGCAACUAUAGAGACGGGGAAUCAGCAGACUAAGAGACGGGAAACGCAACUAGAGAGCGGGGAAUACAGCAAAGAAAACUGGAAUCAGCAACAGAGAGACGGGAAAUACGCAACUAGGAGACUGAAACAGCACUAUAGGACGGGAAAAUACAGAAUAUAGGACUGGAAACACAGACAAAGAUGGAAUACAGCAGACAGAAUACAGCGACGAAAAAUGGAAUACAGCAGAUUUAAAGAACUGGAAUACAGCAACUAGAGAGACGGAAUCACAGACAUAGAGACGGGAAAUACACGACAAAGAGACUGGAAUACGCAGACUAGGACUGGAAUACAGCAACGGAGAUGGAAAUACAGCAAAACUGAGAGACGGGAAUACGCGACUAUAGAGACGGAUAAGCAGACUAGACUGGAAUACAGCAGACUAGAGAGACUGGAAUACAGCAGACUAUAGAGACUGGAAUACAGCAGACUAUAGAGACUGGAAUACAGCAGACUAUAGAGACUGGAAUACAGCAGACUAGAGAGACUGGAAUACAGCAGACUAGAGAGACUGGAAUACAGCAGACUAGAGAGACUGGAAUACAGCAGACUAGAGAGACUGGAAUACAGCAGACUAGAGAGACAGGAAUACAGCAGGCUAGAUAGACAGGAAUACAGCAGGCUAUAGAGACAGGAAUACAGCAGACUAUAGAGACUGGAAUACAGCAGACUAUAGAGACUGGAAUACAGCAGACUAGAGAGACUAGAAUACAGCAGACUAGAGAGACUGGAAUACAGCAGACUAGAGAGACAGGAAUACAGCAGGCUAGAGAACUGGAAUGUGGUGCUGUUACGAAGAUGUUAAGUAUCCAAUUAAUUUCACUCAAACAGACGUUUAAUUAUUGAUCCCAAAUGUUGAAUAAUUGAUGGAUAGCUGUAAGUGGCUGUAACGGAGUAGUCGUAUUAUAUUACACAGUGUUGAUAUGGCGACGAUGAUGAAUUCAUAAGUCGAUCGCACACUCCUGUCACUGAGUCCUGUUAUUAAUCAGUUUAGAUAGAGGAGGCUUGAAUGGAACAUGACAUGAUAAUGUUAUUCAUGUUCGUGUUCUUACACAUGUUCCUCUAGUGUGUGUGCGUGUGUGCGAAGGUGUGUGUGUGUGUGUGCGUGCGUGUGGUAAACUAACCAGUCUAAGGAGGUCUCCAUAACGUCAUUGCCUGAAGUUGCCUGGUGUUGAAAUGAUGUGACUCUCUCUCACUGCAAUACCUUUCUCUGUAUCUCUCCUUCUCCAUCCAUCCCCACUCUCUCUGUAUCUCUCCUUCUCCAUCCAUCCCCACUCUCUCUGUAUCUCUCCUUUCCUCCCACUCUUCCCCCACCCUCCAGGUGAGACACAGUGUAAGCACAUCUUCAAGAUCCCACUGAGUAACCUAGUGGGCCGCAGCAUUGAGAGGCCCCUCAAGUCCCCACUGGUCAACAAGGUGGUGACGGGCCUGACAGCCCCCGCGGGGCACCCAUUGCAGGGGGCCUCACACACCCUGUCCCUGUCCCGCAUGGAGAUCAAAGAAAUCGCUAGCCGCACCCGCAAGGAGCUUCUGGGUGAGUGAGAAACCAAGACUGGACUGUACAUACACACUCCUGACUACACACACACACACAGAUGCACACACACACACGCACACAUAGAUGCACACACACACACGCAGGCACGCACACACACACACACACACACCUGACACAGCAUUCAGAAAGUUAGAAUAUAAUUAGUUUUAAUUAGCUCUUGUCGCCCCCUCUUUCCCAUCACAGUGACCAUAUAGUCAUUUAGCUUGUAGGUUAUGUUUCCAUCGACAAGCAUCUACAGGUGACAGUGACGCAUACAGUAUAUUUACUAUAUGUUUCCCAUGAGGGAAUGAAACCUUCAACCCUUCUGUUGCAAGCUCACUAACCUGCUCUAACCAAUUAGAACCAUCCCAGCAUACUAACCUGCUCUAACCCAUAGAACCAUCCCAGCAUACUAACCUGCUCUAACCCAUAGAACCAUCCCAGCACACUAACCCGCUCUAACCCACUAGAACCAUCCCAGCACACUAACCUGCUCUAACCCACUAGAACCAUCCCAGCACAUUAGAACCAUCCCAGCACACUAACCUGCUCUAACCCACUAGAACCAUCCCAGCACAUUAGAACCAUCCCAGCACACUAACCUGCUCUAACCCACUAGAACCAUCCCAGCACAUUAGAACCAUCCCAGCACACUAACCUGCUCUAACCCACUAGAACCAUCCAAGCACAUUAGAACCAUCCCAGCACACUAACCUGCUCUAACCCACUAGAACCAUCCCAGCACAUUAGAACCAUCCCAGCACACUAACCUGCUCUAACCCACUAGAACCGUCCCAGCACAUUAGAACCAUCCCAGCAUACUAACCUGCUCUAACCCACUAGAACCAUUCUAAGCACCACAGCGAUGAUAAUGCUAUUUGUGCUCCUCCUUUCUAAGUGGUUAACUGAGUGGUUGUGUUACGGUCGGUUCUUACUGAGUGGCCAUGACGUUCCCUUACUGAAGGAUCUUAUUCUGUGUGUUCUUCCCAGGCUUGACAGAGGAGCCAAGUAGUAAGCCCGACAGCAGUAAGCCCGACAGCAGGAAGCCUGACAGCAGUAAGUCCGAAAGCAGUAAGCCCGACAGCUGUAAGCCCGACAGAAGUAAGCCUGAAAGCAGUAAGCCUGACAGCAGUAAGCCUGACAGCAGUAAGCCCGACAGCAGUAAGCCUGACAGGAAGAUGAGCAGGAAGACCACUGAGGAAGAGACAAAGGCAUUGACCUCCACCAGCAGUGACAGGUGAAGGACCUAUAUUGUCUUCAACAACUCAGAAACCUAGAUAGCAGCAGUGAUUAGAAGUCAUACAUUUGGCGGGCCGGGCGCCUGCAGGCUGACUUCGGUUGUCAGUUGAACGGUGUUUCCUCCGACACAUUGGUGCAGCUGGCUUCCGGGUUAAGCGGGCGGGUGUUAAGAAGAGCAGCUUGGCGGGUCAUGUUUCGGAGGACGCAUGACUCGACCUUCUCCUCUCCCGAGCCGAUUGUGGAGUUGCAGCGAUGAGACAAGAUCGUAAUCACGAAAUUGGGGAGAAAAAGGGGGUACAAAUAAUAAUAAUAAUAAUAACAAAUAUUCAUACACGUAUCUAGAAGUUUCUCAUUUUUGUGUAUGGAAGAUUUGGCUUGAAGUUCAAGUCUCAUACAGGUACUUCAAAUGAUAUGUGAUAUGAGUGUAAAACAUUAUGAAUCACUACAUUAUGAUGUAGUGAUUCAAACUGAUGUGUCCUAUCAGAGUGGGCUCGGAGUCGGCCGACACGGACUCGGACAUCCAAUGGCACUGCUCGUCCAGCUCGGAGGCGGAGCCAGAGAAAGUGGUGCUUAGAGAGGAGAGCCCGCCAUUGGCCAGCCCCUUCACCCUCUCCACCUCGUUCGAAGAAGACGUCCUGGACCUAAAGUGAAGACAAUCCCAUCAUGCACUUAUUUUCUGCC